UAAGGGUCCACGAUUUUCCCGCGCCUUUUCUCUCUCAUCUCUCUAUUUGUCUUACAUUACAUAUUCCCCCUGCCCUUAUAUAAUAGGAUCCUCCAACUAAUUUAUCCUAUGUGUCCAACUUAGGCUACAUUGUCGCACCAAAUCUAAAUACUCUCAUCCCUUCUUUUUUUUUCUCCAAAUUCGAGUGCAUGGCUGCUGAAGACGGCUCCCUCCCGCCGCCCGCCUCGCCGAGGUCAGGCCGUCAUCCCAGCUACCGCGGAAUCCGGUGCCGGAGCGGGAAAUGGGUGUCGGAGAUCCGGAAGCCGCGUCAGACAGCGCGCAUUUGGCUAGGCACGUACCCCACCCCCGAGAUGGCAGCGGCUGCCUAUGACGUGGCGGCGCUGGCCCUCAGAGGCCCCGAAGCCAUGAUCAACUUCCCCGGCCUCGCUCCCACGUAUCCCAUGCCGGCCUCAUUCUCCGACGACGACAUAAGGGCGGCCGCCGCAGCCUCCGCCUCAGCCAUCGCGCCACGGAAUGCCGGCCCCGGACGUCAGGCGCAGCCCCCGGCUGGCGAGGCGUCGUCGUCGAGCAGUCAGGCGCAUGACUUCGUCGACGAGGAAGCGCUGUUUGGAAUGCCGAAGCUUUUGGACGACAUGGCGCACGGCAUGCUGGUCAGCCCGCCGCGGAUGAAGCCCGCAGCGGAGUCGCCGGAGGAUUACUCCAAAAACGACAGUCUUUGGAAAUAUCCUUGAUAUAUGUAUGUGUGUGUGCGGUUGGGCCGCAAUAUUUAUGACCAAAUCCUCCAUUUGUGAGUUUUUAGUUGGUCUUUUUGCCGCCGGCACUGAAUUUCCUCAGACAGCUGCAUUAAAUGUGGCUUUGGUAGCGGCCCGUUUUAUAUGAAUAAGAGCUGAGGAAAUGUACACAAGGAUAUUUCUGCUUCAAGCAGAGCUAUCAUGUUUUACGAAUUUAUAAGUAUCAAUGUGAGUAAGUUAUAUGAUUGCAUUA